AUGGUUGCAAUAUUUCUUUCUCUCCUUUUGAUUACUGGAUUCUCUGCUACAAUUGCACAAGAAGGAAAUUCCAGUAUUAGCCUCGGCUCUUCCCUCUCUCCAAUUACCAAACCAUAUUGGUUAUCAGGUUCUGGCCAAUUUGCUUUUGGCUUCUACCAAAUAGAUGGUGGCUUUGCCAUAGGCAUCUGGUUGGAAAAGAUUCGGCAAAAAACAGUAGUAUGGACAGCUAACCGGGACAAUCCGCCACUAUCAAAAAAUGUCAAAUUGUUUCUGGCAAAUGAUGGCAGGCUUGUCCUAGAACAAGAACAAGGCCAACAGACUGCUCUAACUAAUAAUGCUCUGUUCUCCGCUUCCUCUGCCUCCAUGCUCAAUACUGGAAACUUUGUCCUCUACAAUUCAAGUUCAAACAUCAUAUGGCAGACUUUUGAUGCUCCAACAGACACUAUUUUACCUGAUCAACCUCUCGUGGCGGGGAACAAGCUAGUCUCCAGCAGCUCUGAGACAAAUCAUGCAAGGGGAAAGUUUCAACUUAUAAUGCAGCAUGAUGGGAACCUGGUGCAAUACCCGUCAGACAUUCCACCUAAACUUUUCCUACGUAAUCUUACCGGCAUCCAUAUCAAGAAUUUAAACGGCCAAGGAAACACCUCUGAUAAUUUUUCUUUAUAUCGUUUGACGUUGGGUUUUGACGGAAUAUUGCGGUUAUAUUCCCAUCGCUUGGAUCAAGAUGAUGAUAAUUGGUCAAUUGAAUGGUCCCCUUCAAGCAGUAAUUGCGAUCCUAUUGGUCUCUGUGGCCUAAAUGCUUAUUGUACUGUAAAGGAACACAAAGCUGUAUGUACAUGCCCUCCUGGUUUUGAUUUCUUGGACGGACGACAACCUGAUUUGGGCUGCAAGAGAAAUUCCAGCACAGAUGGUUGCACGAGCAAGAAUGGAGAAACAGUUGAUAUUCUUCAGGAAUUGGGACGUGUUGAAUGGGAAGAUAUUAAGAAUGAUACAAUCACAAGCAGUCGAUUAAAAGCUGGUGAGUGCAAGGGCUUGGUGAGCAAGUCUGCCAAUUGGGCAGAGGAAAAUACAUGCACAAGUUUGACUUGUCCAGCUGCAAUCUUGUCACGAACUAGAUGGCAAUCUAGUUCAAUGUGCUUCAUGCACUCGUGGAAUACUGGGUUUGCCGCAAUAUGCAUGGCAGCGAGGUUGUCACAGUGUAGAGUAGCAGGUGCUUCAAUGGUGAUGCGUAAAUCUCUCAUCACAUGCAAAUAUUAUCUUCAUGUUGCGUCUAGUCUGGUGGCCUUCCAAGAGCACGAGAAUUUUCUUCCUUUAACUUCAACAUGGGAAGACAACCCCUAUUCUAUCUUGUCAUUGACCAAAACUGAGUGUAGAGAAAACUGCUCGAAAGACUGCGAAUGUGAAGCCGCACUAUUCAAAGAACAGGAGUGCAGAAAACAGAAGUUUCCACUAAGAUUCGGGAGAGAACGACAAGAUAAUUCUGGUACAACCAUAAUCAAGGAGAGAUUUGGGAGUUCAAACACAACACAGGUAAGUAAGCGAAGAAAGAAACAACAGGGAAUGGGCGUCUUAAUCGGCAGCUCUGUGAUUUUAGCUUUUGCAGUUGGCAUUCUAGCAAUUACUGGUAUUCUCAUUUACAGAUCUCGUGUUCGGGAAUAUAAAAAUAUCAAAAACCAAGGGAAUGAUGGGUUAAUUGAAGAAGUCAGUCUACGGUCAUAUACAUAUGGGGAGCUUGAAAAGGCAACUAAUGGCUUCACAGAUGAAGUGGGUAAAGGAGCUUUUGGGACAGUUUUUAAAGGUGUCAUAGACAAUGGCAAGACAGUCGUGGCUGUGAAGAGACAAGAGACAGUGGUGGCUAAAAGUGAAAGAGAAUUUCGUAAUGAGAUGAAAGCAAUUGGGAGAACUCAUCAUAAAAAUCUAGUCAAGUUGUUUGGCUACUGUCAUGAUGGAACAAAUCUACUCUUAGUCUACGAGUACAUGAGCAAUGGUUCUUUAGCAGAUUUCCUCUUCAAAUCUAGAAGAAAGCCAAGCUGGGAGGAAAAAACUAGAAUAGCUUUGAAUGUAGCUCGAGGCAUUCUCUAUCUGCAUGAUGAGUGUGAGAACCAGAUCAUCCACUGCGACAUCAAACCUGAAAACAUACUCAUGGAUGAGCAAAAGUGUACAAAAAUUGCAGAUUUUGGUUUGGCCAAGCUGCUGAUGCCUAACCAAACCAGGACAUACACUGGGAUCCGUGGAACAAGGGGAUAUGUUGCACCUGAAUGGCACAGAAACUUGCCCAUAACUUUAAAAGCAGAUGUCUAUAGCUUUGGGAUUAUGUUGUUGGAGAUCAUAUGUGGUAGAAGGAAUGUGGAUGUUGAUCUUCCAGAGGAGGAAGUGGUUCUUGCAAAUUGGGUCUUUGAUUGUUUUGAAGCUGGUGAAUUGGAUAGGCUGGUGAAGGAUGAACAAGUGGAAAUGAACAAGCUAGAGAGAAUGGUUAGGGUGGGACUUUGGUGCAUCCAGGAAGAACCAUCAUUUCGCCCUACAAUGAAGAGGGUGGUACUGAUGUUGGAAGGGACAGUGGAGAUACCAGCUCCUCCUAGUCCUACCCCAUUUUCAAGUGCCAUGUAACUAUGCAAGUCAAUUUUAGCCUUGCACCCA